AAAAUGCGGGCGGGGAAGGGGGCGUCUUCUCCCCGGCGCUUUGGUGUCCAAGGGCCAGCCAGAACCGCGUCUGGCGGUGGAAAGCCGGGGACUGGAGCCUCACAUGAAGAUGGAGAAAAGAACGAGCUGCACCAGGGUAAGCAUGGAGUAGACAGAGUUGGAUUUCAUCAAGAUUUGUUGCUUUGCAGAUGAUGAUUCAUGGUGAUGGCUUGCAGGGUCAUAAAUAAAAGAAGGCACGUGGGACUUCAGCAACUUUCAUCAUUCUCAGGAACAGGAAGAACCCUCCUAGGCCCAGUAAAAUCAUCUAAAUUUAUUAUUGAUGAAGAGUGUCAUGAAAGUAUGUUAAUCAGUUCAAUAGUAAGGCUUCUUGAAAGUUUGGAUUUAACCAGCGCAGUGGGACAACUUCUCAAUGAAGCAGUUCAAACACAAAAUAGCACAUAUAAAACUGGAACCAGUACCCUUUUGCUUCUUGUUGGUGCAUGGAGCAGUGCCGCUGAAGAAUGUCUUCAUUUGGGUGUCCCUAUUUCAUUAAUAGUGUCUAUAAUGUCAGAAGGCUUGAACUCUUGCAUUGAAGAGGUAGUUUCCCUUCAAGUACCUAUCCACAAUGUAUUUGACCAUGUAGACAACACAAAGACAUUUUCUGGACUUGACACAUGUAGUGUCAAUUUGUGUCCUUUUCUACAAAUCCCUUCAGAUACUGGUUUACUGAAAGAGCAUGAUCUUAAAGAUGUUGCCUCUCCAUCAUUGACCAUUUACAACCUUUCUGGGAUACCUGUUGGAUCACCUAAACUCUUUAGACCUCAGGCUGAAGUUGAAGCAAAUAAAAACAUAUUACAAAAUCCUCAAAUUCUGAAAAAGAGUCUGCUCGCAGACAACCACUGUAGAAAGUCAAUACUAAUCCACAGUAGGCAUUUUAAUAGGCCAGAUAGUAAUCAGUGGAUAAACAAACCAGAGGGAUUUCUAGAACAACGUGGUGCAGCUACUCCCCAUACUUACAGAUGUAAUGAUUUGGUAGAGUUGGAGAUGGGUUUGAGUCACGGAGAUCACAACAGCAUGAAAUUAGUAGAUGAAGCAGUUCGACUGCAGUAUCAGAAUUCAGGUAUGCAACAAGGCAACUGUUCAGUACCAUUUAUGUUUGACAUUUCAAGAAUCUUCACUUGCUGUUUACCCGGUGUAGCUGAAACUUUUUCAUGUGUCUGCCCAGGAUAUAUCACUGUUGUGUCAAUAUCUAAUACUACUCUGAUCAAGGAAUUGCAGAAUCAGCCUAUCCGGAUUAUUCUCAUUGAGGGUGACCUCACAGAGAAUUAUCGCCACCUGGGAUUUAAUAAGGCUGCAAAUAUUAAUACACUGUUAGAAAGCGUGAAGUUUCAACAAGACAGCUCAGAAGAACGGUGGACAAAUAAUGUAUUACAGGUAUUAAUCAAGUUCGAUGUGAACCUCGUCUUGGUACGAGGAAAUGUUUCUGAAUACUUAACUGAAAAGUGCAUACAGAGUAAGCGGUUGGUAAUUGGGUCAGUGAACAACAGUGUGAUGCAGGCUUUUGCAGAAGCUUCGGGAGCAGUACAGGUGACCUACAUUACACAAGUGAAUGAAAACUGUGUGGGCAGUGGGGUCUGUGUGAACUUCUGGAGAAGUAUUCCCUCAGAUGUCAUAGAUAGAAUCAACAUAAUGACAAUCAUGAUAAAAACGGAAGGAAUUAAUUUGGUUACAGUAGUACUCACUAGCCCACUGCCUGCACAGAUGCAAGCCAAAGAAGAUAGGUUCUGGACUUGUGCCUAUCGUCUAUAUUAUGCUCUAAAAGAGCAAAAGGUCUUUCUUGGAGGUGGUGCAGUUGAAUUUUUGUGUCUUAGCCAUCUUCAAAUUCUUGCAGAGCAAUCGCUGAGUAAAAGAAACCACGUCUGUUCAGGAUGGCUUCAUAAUACAUCUUCUUGGCUGGCCUCAUCUCUGACACUAUACAGAUCAACUGUGCUGAAAUACCUGGCAAAUGGAUGGCACAAAUACCUUUCAACUCUCAUGUAUAACACUGCCAAUUACUCAUCAGAAUUGGGAGCCAGCACAGUCAUUCAACAACAUCUACAAAAUGCUACAGACUCUGGCUCUCCUUCAUCUUACAUCUUGAAUGAAUAUAGUAAACUAAAUAGUGGAAUUUUUAAUUCAGGCACUUCAAAUAAACUUGAACAGAUUCCAAGUGUUUAUGACAAUGUUACACCAAAGAUUGAGGCAUGGCGCCGAGCUUUGGAUUUAGUGCUUUUAGUACUUCAGACAGACAGUGAAAUUAUUACUGGACUUGGACACACACAGAUAAAUUCACAGGAAACAGAAGGCUUUUUAUUUUUGUAGUGUUAUUGGCUAAGUCUUUUGGAAAAUAAUCUUUUGUAAUAUAUCAUGCUAAUAAAUUUCCUAGUUGCCAAA